AUGGGUAUCACUGAGCCUGUUCUACGCAAGAUCUCUCAGAGGCUUGGCGCCGAAUGGCGGAAGCUGGCUACACAUCUCGGUUUAAGCGCUGCAGAGAUCGAGCGCAUCGUGAUAGAUGACCCAGGCCAGACAGAGAACCAGAUCUUCAACAUGCUGGUCAAAUGGAGGCGCCAACAAUCCACUAGCGCGGAUCAGAGGGACAUGUUAUGCACAGCUCUGAUAGAGAUCGGCAGAAGGGACAUUGUUGAAGACCUGAUAGAAAUCACCGGACUCCAGGGGCCAUAUACCUUUGCCUACUUGCGACAACAAAUUAUUGACAACUACAAGCAAACUGCAACGACUAUUCCUGCACACCCUGUACUGGAGACACGUAAUGUAGAUAUUGAAUUCUUUAUUCCGCUGUUUCUCAGAAAGAACAUUCCAGGCAAAACAAAAUCGGACAGGUUUGUGACAUUACGAGAAGGAGAAAGAUUGUUAGAUGCAAAUCAAACUAUUACUCUCAAUUCCUUGGAUGAUUUGUUAAAUCCAGAAGUAGUUAAGGAAAUCAAGAUUCUUCUUUCUGGUGGGGCCGGGACGGGUAAAUCAACCCUGUUAGUGAAAGUUGCAAACUCUUGCAUCACACUUAGUUCAAAACCCCUUCUUGGUAGAUUCGAUCUUGUGCUUUGGAUAAAGCUGAGGCAAAUGCAGCAAUCUAGUUGUGUCUUGGAUGCCAUAUUUGACCAACUUCUAGCUCGAAACACCAAACUGACGAAACACAUAGUGAAAGGGUUCAUUGAUGAUCAUGAAUCAGGCAUUGUUUUGCUGUUGGACGGAUUAGAUGAAAUUCCAUCUCAUGUUUUGCAAUCUGAGGAGGGCGUGUACAGGGUUCAGGAUAUCUUACACAACAGAGUCCUUACAAAAAGUUUUGUGUUGGUAACUACCCGACCACACAUGACUCAAUACGUAUUGAGGGGUCACCAAAAGUACGCAGUUGUUGAGGCAUGUGGCUUUACACCACAAGACAGAGAUCAAUACAUCAGAUUAAACCUUUCUGAUGAUGCUGACAUGGGAGAGGCAUUGAUUUCAUAUCUGAAUGACAAUACCAAUCUGAGGGAUAUAUCUGCAUUGCCAAUCAUUUCCCAGAUGUUGUGCCUUGUUUGGAAGAAUCAAAAGUCCUUGCCAGAGAGAAUUACUGAGCUGUACACUGAGUUUGCAUUGGCUCUUUUCAAGCGCUGCAAUAAAGAUAUGAAUGAUGAUCAGGUGAUGUCUGACAUGAUGUCCAUUAUUGAUGGCUUGGGGCGUGUUGCAUUGCAAGGGUUAUUAGACUCUCGAGGGGAAAGACUCAUGUUCGAUAAAAAUGAAUUUCAGGAUUGUCAGUCUUGCUUAGAUGAGGGUUGUCGUGUGGGUUUCGUUCAGUAUGAAACAUACACUAGUGGUCUGGAUGUAAAGAUGUUGGUCACUUUCAUCCACAAGACCAUCCAAGAAUACUUUGCAGCAUGUCACCUGGUGAAAUUGCUAGAUGAUGAAAACAAUUUCCGUCAUCAGUUGAAGCAGAUUGGAGAACGCAAUGUUCUUGCGAUGGAAUACCUGCUGCGAUUUUGUUGCGGUAGAUCAAUGCAGGCAGCUGGUCUCAUUCUGGAUCACAUACAAGAGAUGCAAGGUGACGAGAUGAAACUGCAGAGAUUGGCUAGGCUACUGUUGAUUGAGUCUGGUUCAGAAGAGUUGGCAACCAAACUAGUCAGACCAACUGUGGUGGACUGCAAGAGUAAUGAAGACCUGAAAUCACUGAGCUACUACUUACAUGUCACUCCGUCACUUGAAGGUACAGAUUUUUUCAUGCAUGUAAGAAAGCAGGAGCUUACCCUUCUCAGGGGAAUUCUUGUGAGUGACAGCAUGAAGUCAGCUAAGCAUAUAAAUGUUGACUACUACUUGUCUGAGCAGAAGGAGGAGCUUAGCCUCCUUGAGGAAACACUAUAUGUGGUGGAUGAACAGCGCCGUGCUCAAUUACAAAUGGUGGUUCGCAUUGAGGCAAAGUCAUGGUUUGAUGUGGGGCGUGUAUCACACAGCUUUUUCCGCAUGCAGGAACAAAUAGGCAGGCUUGGUUUGUAUAUGCACCAACGAUCACUGGAUGAGGUUGUUGAUCUAUUGAAGGCACUGGAAGGAUGCAGGUUGGAUUGGCACAUACUGUAUGACACCGACCUGCAUGCACGGGUGCGAAAUGUUAGCCACAUCUCGUCAUCCCUUACAGGCUUGGGGCUCCCUGCAUGCAGGUUGGUAGAUGAUGACGUGGAGGACCUGAUCAGUAUCAUUCCUACUGGGCAUGGUUUACUAGGGCUUGCCCUUGAUGGCAAUGCAUUCAGUUUGGAUGCAGUGAGGGCUCUCACCCAGCAUCUCCAAGGUCUCCCGAAGUUACGUCUUUUGAAACUUAGUAACAUCGGUCUCGAUGCUGAGCUCAUCAGACAAGUUGUCAGUCAAGACCUCCCUCACCUGAAGGAAACAGAAGAGGGAUAUUUCAAAGCCUAUUAAUCGCCCACCAAGUCAUAACUCUCACCUGUUCCCUAUGAAUGCACCACGCUCACAAGCCGCAUCAAAUUGAAACAAGUAGCAUAUAUCAUCGGUCAUUUUACGUGAAAUCAAUGCUCUGCAACCCCCUCCCCUCCCCCCCCCCAAAAAAAAGGAAUAAGUAAAAAAACAACUAACAAUCAAUAACAACAAAAACUUUAUUUUCAGAGGACAAUAAGGGGCUCGAUAAUGAAUAAAAAGUCAACAAAAGGGUUUCAAUACAAAUAGAUGUAUUCGGAAUCCUCUUACAUUAUGAAUACAAAUAUACCAAGCAUAGUUCUUCAUUCUACUGAACCUCCACCCCCCCCCAAAAAAAAAAUUCAAUCCAUCAAUUAAUCAAUCACUGUGAAAGUCAAUCAACAAUUCCUGUACAAAAUGAUUCAUUGAAAUCUUCAAACAUAAUAGCACUGUACUAAGCAUUCUGGGUGUCACUUGAAAGUGAUAUUAAAUUGACCAUGUAUCUUGGGUGACCUCUGAGUACUAUUAUAAAUCUUCAAUCUAAUCGUCAAUUAAACAGGAGAAUCCACCUCUCCUUUCCAUUGCUUUUAAGAAAUUAUCUUGUAUCGCAUCAUCUUAGGUGAAAGUUGUGUGAGAUGUCUUCAACUUUUGUAACAAAGGCCUCCUCCUACCCUGUUAUCCGAUCAAUGUAGUAAUAUGGCAUUCAAACAAACUAUAAAUGUGACCACACGCAAAUGGCUGCACGACACCCUUCCAUAGACCAGUGCUGUGCAAAAUUUAGUGUACCAAAAAAUACCCCAAACCUUGGGUACUUUUGAAUUAUUUGCGUUUGUCUUAUGUACAAAUUUGGAAAAUUCUUGCAACUUCACGCCUUUCAAACAGACGUUUCUUUUGAGUGUUUGUGCUUCAUUCUUUAUCAAAUAGUUUCUGUAAAUAAACAAAUUACGCAAAAAUGGCAAAAAUUAUGAUUCCAGUUUGCUAACUUUUGUGUAGAUCUUUAACCUUGACUGUUUAUGUAAUAUACCUUUAAAGUGGUCCAGUUGUGUAAGGACAGUAUAACAUGGAUUUUGUUUACUAUUCAACUACAUGUAUAGGCCUAUGUCCAUAUUGAGAAUUACUAAACCAGUGUUCAUACUGUCAAACAAUUCAUGUAUAAUAUAUACAUGUAGAAUGUUGCAUUGCCAAAUGACACAUUUUUGUCAGAGGACAGUCAUGUUUGCUCAUUCAGGACCAAUCAUUGCAAUUGUUGUAUACGC